UAUUAAGACGAGAAUAAUCUCAUCAAGAAUAGUACAUGAAUAUUCAUAAAAAAAACAAUACACGUAUAUUUAUAUAGGUCAACCGUUUGUAUUUAGAACACUUUUAUCCCAAUAUAAAUCCUGGGACUGGGAGGAACCGAAAAUAUUUAUAUAGAAAGGGGGUUAUGCAAUUGAAAGAUUCAAAACAAGAACUGGGUUCAUCUUGAGAGCAAGUAUGGCCAUGGAAACUCCGCCUGUUGGUCUUAGGUGGGCUUGUGAGAACUUGCUGUGUGGCCCAUCAGCUGCAUCAAGUGAUGUCUUAGAAUCGAGCCUUGUCAAUGAUCAUCCUGCAGUCAGCAUGUCGAAUACAGAGGAGGAAUUAUUGACAGAUGACAUCAACAAAAAGGUUAAACCCUGCUGCACGGAACAUUUCUUGAGUCGAGCAGACCAGGACUACAUGGAGAAGAUAAGGGAGCUUCAUGAUAGACUUGAUAUGGUGAAGAAAAUAGUGAGACCAGGUUGUUCUUAUGAAGUGUUGAACACUGCCUUGAGUUUUAUGUCAUCACUUGCAGCAAUUCUCUCCCAGAUGCCCCCACAAAAACUUCAUGCAUCACUUUGAAGAAAAACCCCUUUCGGGUUCAUGAAAUUAUUGGUAAUUUUGCUUUUUUUAGGUCAGUUCAGAAUAUUAGGAAUGUAAAAAAAAGAGAAAUUUGAUGUUUAUGUGUGUACUGGUUGUACUUGUAUGUCAGUGAUAUUUAAAAUUUACUGUC